AUGCCCCUCACAGUCCUUUCCAACGCAGACAUCCACUCCCUACUCCUCACCCUCACCCGAGAUGACAUUGCCGAACUCCAGCACAAUCUCGCGGAAGCCCUCCAUGAAUAUUCGACAGGAACGCAAGAAAGCACCGUUGGAUGCAGCGCCAACCAGCCCCAACGCAUUGCUGUCCCCGCUGCCAAUAAGCAAACUACUCUCUUCAUGCCCGCCAGCACAAGUACGAGCAGAGGCAUCAAAAUCAUAACCCUAGCCACAGCGCCUAUCCCUUCGUCUACGCCUAGCCUUGGCAAAUUAAGCAUCGAUUCUCCACGAAGUGGUUCUCCCGUUCCCAAAUCACCUUCGAUCGCUAGCUCAAGAUCUUCUACAACCUUAGCCUCGCAAACAUCCUCAAAAUCGAGCGUCCCAUCUACAGACCUUUCAGUGUUUUCCUCCCACACCACUACACCUCGUGGCUCCCUAACGCUCCUAACAUCCACCGGCAUUCCCUACGCCUUCCUCGACGCGGAAGAACUGACAGCUUUCCGUACUGCGCUCGCAUCUACCAUCAUCUUUAACCGCCGCUCCCAUGUCCAUUCCAUUACGGUCUUCGGGGCAGGCAUGCAAGCAAAAUGGCACAUACGCCUCGCUCUCAUGCUGCGUGGGUCCGAAAUUCAUCACGUCGACAUCAUAAACCGCUCAUUUGCCCGGGCAAAAGAACUCAUGCAUGAAUUCUACACCUCACCCGAUUGGGAAGGCUUACGCAACGCGAAUUCGAAAUUGGCAUUUAGCAUUGUCUCCUCCGAGUACGGCGAGUAUCAACGGCUAUUGAAGGAACACAUCCGCAAAGCAGAUGCCAUCUUCCUUUGCACGCCUAGCACCGCCCCUCUUUUCCCAGCCGAACACCUUACCAGCACCGAAGGCAGAAAGAAAGGGAGAUACAUAAGCGCAAUAGGCAGCUACCGCCCUCACAUGUGUGAGAUCCAUCCCGACAUUCUGAGUCAAGCCGUCGCACCUGACCAUAAACGCCACCAUCAUAAGCACGCAGACAAAGGAGGCGUCAUUGUAGUCGAUUCGCUUGAAGCCUGCUUGAAGGAAGCGGGCGAAAUCAUCCAGGCAGGAAUAACGGCGGAGCAGCUCGUGGAGAUUGGAGAGCUCUUGAUGGUCAAGAAAGCGAGCAUGAGGGAAAUUGAAAUGGGAACUGGAGAGGGCGAGAAGGGUCUCCGGAGGUGGGUAGAGAAUGGAAAUGUUAUCUACAAGAGCGUAGGAAUCGGGCUUAUGGAUAUCUGUGUUGGCGAAGAUUUAGUAGCGUUGGCGAUGCAAAGGGGAAUUGGGACUCGCGUGGAGGGGUUUUGA